AUGACUAAAAAAAGAAGUUUAGCUACAAGAAAAACUACCAGCAGAGUCGAAACUCAUCAUAACGAAAAUGUCAUCAGUCGACAUACAGAGGCUGCCAACUUUUCAACAAACAAUAUUUCAACCUUUACAAAAAUGCACGUUGAUUCUAACUGUGCAUCAACACCAAAAAAUGUUAGAAGACCUCUGGCUCGAGAAGUAGGUGACUAUUCCCCUAAUCAGGAAAGCAUUGAAGUGGGCUGGGAUAGUCCUACCACGUAUUCUCUUAGAACAACAGGUAAAUCACAGCCAGGUGGGACUGCCAUGGAAUAUGCUUCAAUGAUGUCAUCCAUCUCUUCAGAUGCUAAUCAACGAUCACCCACCACAUCCCUACCACCACAGUCAUCAUCAUCAGACAACUCGUCACCGAUCAUGAAGUUGAGGUACACCAUAUUUUAUGAUUUGUGCAGUUCACUAUCUCCUAUACUGAGGCUGAAAAAAGAGGCAGCAUUGAAUUCCAAGACAUUGGUCCUCUCAGUCAUAAAUGCUCUCAAUGCAGUUGCAGCAGAGGAAGCAAAAAAAAUAGAACUGCCAAAUUUGCCAAAGUUAAAUUUAGAAAAAAACGUUUACAGUGAAGAGCGCAACUGUACAACUGUUACUCAAUCUCUUUCUAUGCAUUCAACUCCGAAGAUGAAAAGAGUUGCCAGACCUCUCACUGAUAUUGACAAUCUCUGUGCUACCCCGACUCACAACUGCCACAACCACUUCCAUGCUUAUCCAGCCAACAACAAGCCGUGCAACCGCAUAGAGGACAACAACAAUUACAAUAAAAAUAAACGGGUUAGGAUAUCGGAUGCGUCAAACGCUAGUCUCAAUGAGUUGAUGGAUGGGCAGGCUGAUGAGAGAACAGACGAGGAGAAAGUGAAUGACAGUGCAUGGGGGGAUGAGGAUUCGUUGUUUGGUGACUCUAUUAUCGAGGCCACUCAGAGAAUGGUCGAUGACCUCACAUCAAACAACAUUUUAAAUGUUAAUGCGCCUGUGCCUUCUACCACCAAUAGUCUCAUUUUAAACAACAAAAAUGAUUGUACUACUUCAUCGACAGAAGCCAGUAUUAAAAUGUUGAGAAAGAAAGCAAAUUUAGUCGGGGCAUCAUCAUCAUCAGGCACAUCCACAGCUCAUACAAGCAGUUCCAACUGUUUCGUCAAACCUGUCAUGUCAUCAUCAUCAUCAUCAUCCACGAGCAGGACAACCCAUGUGCUGAAGAAUGCAGAUCACAAUUCCGAUAGGAGAGUUCUUCCAAAUAAGACUAGCAAUUAUGAAUCAAUAUCGGAUGUGAGCAUAUCAGAUGACUUGCUCAUUUCCUCGUACCUUCCCACUGAUAACUUGUUAGCAGCAAACAGCCUCGUGGACGACACCAUCGUACCGGCUGCCAACAGCAAUGAUCUUGAUACACUUUCAUUUAACUCUGCGCUGAAUAAACUUAACAAUAGUUCUUUCAGUGAUAAACAGAAGAAGGAAGAUAUUACUAACAUCAAUGGAACAGUCAUUACGUCAUCAACAUCUUCGACAUCUUCAUCAUCAGCAGCAGCUCAUCAAACUCGAAAGUUAAUACCAAAACAGCUCAAAAUGCAACAGAAGAGUAAAUCGAAUCAGCUGGUUUAUCAGCAGCAGCAUCAGCAACACAAACAGCAGCCAGUCGACAUGAGUCCUGAGUUAUUUAACAGCAGCACUUGCGAAGAAACCGAUAUGCUCGAGUUUCUUGAUCUUGUUGAAUCUCAAGUUGAUCCUAUAAAAUCAAAGCAAAAGUUGGAAUCUGCAUUCAAUUCAGUUGUUAACUAUUUGGAAGCUGCAGGUAACAAUCGUUGCACGAACAUGCAAGCUGACACAAGCAGAAACAUUUCAACGACACCGUCCAUGAACACUAAAACCACAACACCUAACUUUCAACGUGAUCCUAACCCAAACAAAAAUAUCUUUUCUUCUAACUCUAUUUCCAUAAAAUCUUCAUCAUUUUACCCGGUUAGAUCUUCAAACAGCAUCAAAAACAACACGUCAUCAACUGCACCAACGUUGGGAAAACCGUCCUUACUUCCAUCCCAUCCGGAGAUAUCGUCAACGCUAACUUUCACCUCCAGUGCUAAUAAUAGCAGCAGGUUUGCAACAUCUAAAGUUCACAUUGCACCGCCUACGAGCAAUGUUUCUCACACGAAGAAUAGCCCAGCUGUGCCUCACAUUACAUCAUCAGCUAUGCUAUCAUCAUCUGUGACUAUUACAACAAAGAGUGCAUUUUUAACAAAAAACAACUCAGCAUUUUUUAACAGCACAUGUACCAAUAACAAUACGAGAAGCAAUUAUAAUGUGACACAUUUGUCUUCAGCCCUGGUUCCAUCUUCAUCAUCUCGAGUAAUUCUACAACCAGUAAGCAAGCAAAACGGACUCAACAACAACAACAACCGCUACAAUAGCAUGAAUAACAUCAGCAACAAUAACAACAGCAAUAAGAAAGACAAUAUAUUUUCUCGCAAAUGUUUCAGCUCUGAUAACAUUAAACCUACCCUGCAAUUUCAUGGUAGCAAUACAAACAGUACAACGAACAUGAAUGAACCAAACGUGUCCAGUAACAGUAACAUCAACAAAACAUCCAAUUUGUUCUCCAAAGUCUGCACUGCACAGCAAAAGCAACAGCAGACUUCUUACAACAGCAGCAGCAGCAUUAAAGUAUGUUAUACAACUGAGGAGAUAGAGAGGAAGAGAAGAGAGGCAGUGAUUAAACUGACGGCCAGGUCUCAAGUCAAGCACUGUUGA